GUCUAAGGACCAAGUGGUUCAAUUUUAAAAUUAGUGGAUAGUCGAAGUUUAUUUUUUUUUUUCAUGUAUUUAACAGUGACUCCUGGUGAUUGUUAACGGUAUUGCGCCAAUGAGUUGUCCCGAUCAGGGAAAUCAAAAGUAAGCGUAGGAGAAAAGUGACAGCAACUGUGCAGUGGCCUCAGUUGCUGGAGAGAACGUGUCUAAGACAGUUCUAGGCAUUCCUAUAUCUGAAAGUACUGUUUGUUAUCGAUUAUUCCGAAGAUUUUACAUUUUUUAUUUUUAAAAUGAAAUUACUGGGUGCCAUUAUUCUGACUCUUCUCUUAGUGGAGUGUUGGGGAACGCGAGUACAGUCAAGUAAAAAAAAAAAGGAAGUAGCAGCCGAUCAAACAGCAGCCUCCUCAUUCUGGAGCCCUGCAAUAAAGACAGGUAACAUCUUCAGCCAAGAUGACAACUCAAACUUCUUCUCCGCCGGGCACGGAUUGGUGCAAACCCACCCAAUAUCCAGCACCUUCCAAAGCGGGUUCGGUGGAAUCGACGAUUUGGGAACCCGUGGGGCCACCGUACGACCGCCUCGGACGCGCCCUCUGGACUACAGCGAGCGCGCAACCGCGGAACUGCGCAGGAACCCUUCCUUGUCAGCUCCUGACGAAUGCGCACGUGCCUGUCGCGAGGGAGAGCCACCCCGAAUCUGCUACUACCACUUCACGCUAGAGUACUAUUCAGUUCUGGGAGCUGCCUGUCAAGUCUGCACUCCAAACGCGACCAACACCGUCUGGAGUCACUGUCAGUGUGUUUUGGCUGAUGGAGUCGAACGAGGAAUUCUCACGGCCAACCGGAUGAUUCCUGGACCCAGUAUACAGGUCUGCGAAGGAGACAAAGUAGUAGUUGACGUAGAAAAUCACAUGCAGGGAAUGGAAGCAACUAUCCACUGGCACGGAGUCUGGCAGCGUGGAAGCCAGUACUACGACGGAGUUCCUUACGUGACCCAGUGUCCCAUCCAGGAAGGAAACACUUUCCGGUACCAAUGGACGGCAGGAAACGCAGGAACCCACUUCUGGCACGCCCACACUGGACUCCAGAAGAUUGACGGUCUCUAUGGAAGCGUCAUUGUCCGUCAACCACCCAGCAAGGACCCCAACAGCAACUUGUACGACUACGACUUGACCACCCACGUGGUUCUCAUCAGUGACUGGAUGCACGAGGACGCUGCCGAAAGGUUCCCCGGAAGAUUGGCAGUCAACACUGGCCAGGACCCCGAAACCGUUUUGAUCAACGGAAAGGGCCAGUUCAGGGACCCCAACACUGGAUUCAUGACCAACACGCCUCUAGAAGUAUUCACUGUUACUCCUGGACGCAGGUACAGGUUCCGAUUGAUCAACUCCUUCGGAAGUGUUUGUCCAGCUCAGAUCACCUUCCAAGGUCAUGAACUCACUUUGAUUGCUACUGAUGGUGAACCUGUUCAACCAGUGCAGGUCAACACAAUUAUCUCCUUCUCUGGAGAGCGUUACGAUUUCGUAAUCAACGCAGACCAACCAGUCGGCGCUUACUGGAUCCAGCUCCGUGGAUUAGGAGAGUGUGGAAUAAAACGAGCUCAGCAGUUAGGAGUGCUCAGAUACGCGAGAGGACCUUACCAACCAGCCAGCCAGCCACCAACAUACGACCUUGGUCUUCCUCAAGGAGUAGUUCUGAACCCGCUUGACGCUAUCUGCAAUAUGCCGCGUGACGACGCCGUGUGUGUCAACCAACUUAAGAACGCUAAGCCAAUUGACGAAGGAAUCUUGCAAGCCAGACCCGACGUCAAGAUCUUCCUGCCCUUCAGGUUCUUGUUCUACAGACCUGAAGAAGUCUUCCAGCCCAACACCUACAACAGGUUCUUGGUAGCUCCCACAGGUGACCAUGUAAUCUCGCUGGUCGACGAAAUUUCCUUCACUUUUCCUCCAGCACCUCCACUGUCGCAAAUUGAUGACAUCCCACCAGAACAAUUUUGUAACGGAGACAACAGACCCGCUGAUUGUGGAGCUAACUGCAUGUGCACGCACAAGGUUGAUAUUCCUCACAACGCCAUCGUAGAAGUCGUCCUGGUUGAUGAAGUCCAGCAGCCUAAUCUCUCGCAUCCGUUCCAUCUUCACGGAUACGCUUUCAAUAUUGUGGGAAUGGGAAGGUCGCCUGACAAGAAUGUCAAGAAGAUCAACUUGAAACACGCGCUGGAUCUUGAUAGACGUGGGCUUCUUCACAGAGAGUUUAACUUGCCGCCUUCUAAGGAUACUAUUGCUGUGCCGAACAAUGGAUAUGUUGUCUUCAGAUUCCGAGCUGAUAAUCCUGGAUACUGGCUCUUCCACUGUCACUUCUUGUUCCACAUCGUGAUCGGGAUGAACCUGGUGCUUCAUGUGGGUACCCACGCAGAUUUACCACCAGUACCACCAAACUUCCCGACUUGCGGUGACCACUUACCACCGAUAACGCCGCCACUCGCACUGGAUAAUCCCUUCCAUUGAGGAUCUGUAACUUUAAAUAGGAAAUACUUUUGUAAAAUAGUUUAAUCGUCUAGCGGAAGAUGUCCAAGUCCAAUAAGUACGUUCGUCCCUCAAGUCCACGAUGGGAUUUACAAAUGCGGAUUAUUUAUUAACGGUCUAGGUUUUUUCGAGUUAGCUUCUUUAACUUCGAAAAACAAAAAAGACCGAUAUUAUUCUAACACUGUGUAAUUCUGUAAAUAAUCUAGGCGUAAUUACUGUGUAUACAUUAUGCAUACAUUAUUAUUAAAUGCAGAGUAGUAGGAAAUUUAUAUGAUUAUAAUAAUUUUAUUUUUAAUGUUUUUUUUUUUUUUUUAUAUAUAUAUAUAUACAUAGUUUUAAUUACUAACAGAGUGUUAAAUAAUUGAGUGCGCGUGAUGUGUGUAUUCAAUUGUGUAAAAUUUACAACGCAAUAGAGUAUCGAUUUUUUAAUCCAAUUUAUUAAUUAAUGUUAAUUAAAUACUAUUGCUAUUAUUCAUUUUAACCUGCUACUCUCGACUGUCAUUCAUUUUGUUCUCGAUUGAGAAUUAUUUUUUAAUAAUAAAGUUGUUUUUUUAAAAUA